AUGCAUCCAUUCUGGCCAGAUUUGAGAACUUCUCUUAGAAAGAACCCAAACAUUCUUAUCAAAGAAGCAGACGGUUCAAGCGCCUGGAAUGCCACAGGGCGAGCCAUAGAGCGGCACAAUACCAGAAUCCGAUACGGCGUCGAGCGGUGUUUGAGCCAAAUCAAGGCGGCAGAAGGAUCGCCAAUAUUUCCUCAGCUGAACAUCAUCGGCCGAAGACAGGAAAAGGCCAACCCGACCAUCACGAUCUGCUCUGAUAGUCAAGAAGCAAUGGAAAAGCCUGAAGCGGCAAUGGGAGACCGUGGCUCUCUUCGUCGGUGUCCAGAUUCCCGGCAAGAUCCGUGCUCUCUCCCACUCGCAGUCGGCUGUGUUUCCAAUUCCUUGCCCAACGAAGAAUGCCAAUCUAGAGGCUCACAUGCCUCUGGAACCAACGGAAGUGACCCCAAGACCUCAAAUCCUGUUGCGAGUGGUAUAUCGGGGCCGCGACUCGGCAGAAGACUCGAGUUCAAAAUAUCCUCCGAGACAGGGUCACGCGUUCAAAAGGCGACCGGCGGACUGAUACUUAGAAUUGGCAAGGAGCUGUAUCAGAUCACUAGUCUCCAUGCCGCAGAAGCCUUAGGGGAGUCGAAUUUGAUGCCAAAGUCGGCUUCUGAGACCGACGAGUGCGAGUUACCUAGUGGCGCAAUCGGCUGCUCAUUGAAAUGGAAAGACCAAGACGUGCAUUCGGCAUCGCCAAUUUCGAUGGACCCUACGCUGACGAGCCACAAGUUAACUCCGCCUUACACACUUAUCAAACUGUCAGAGCUAGAAAUCGGCCAGGCUAGCAAUGAGAUCCUUGGAGGAGAAGGCGACGGUACACAGAGAAAAGUGAUCCUCAACGUUGCCAAGGUUGGCAAUGAAGCCAUCAGCAUCGUCGUGGUGACGUCUCGCGGACCAAUUGCCGGCGUGGUCCUGCCUGAAAAGACUUUGCUCAAGCUUGGUGGCUCAUCACUGUCCCAAGCAGUGCACACCGUCAAGCUUUCAGAGUUGAUUGAGCAGGGCGACUCCGGCUCAGCAGUCAUUGAUCCUGCCACGGGGACUUGCUACGGGCAUGUGAUCCUCGGGGCUGAGCGAGACUUCGUGGCUUACAUGGUGCCAGCACCUGAGACUUUGGCUGACAUUCUUCUCAACUUUGGAAAGUUGCCUUCCCUACAACUCCGGCGGCCUUCUGUAACAGAGCGGUCCGGCGACGUCAAAAGAUGGAAAUGUGUCGUUCCAAGAGCUGAGACCGAUUGCCAGCCUCUGUCUCCGUUGGAUAAGUGUACGUCCUGCAGCACAGGCAAGCUAUACAGCACACGAAGCCGGGCGGCCGCGCACUUGAGGCGGAAUCACCUUUGCAGUGAGCCAGCAAACCGGAGAAAGAAUACGAAGCAGACAGACGGCAAGAAGGGCGAUCGACUUCCUGGGGCUCAGCUGAAAAAUUGCAUCAGUGAGAUGACAGUGACACCUCUGUACGCCAAGGUAAUGGAAGCCGAGUCGGACUCAGAUUCAGACUAUGAUAAUGACGCCGAUGUUACGGAUGAUGAGCCGGAAACAGUGUUGCCCUCGGCAUUUUCUACGAUGGCCAUAUCAAACCGACAAGCCAGUGCAGGAGAGGAGAACAAGGAGCUGCGACGUCACAACAAGCAAUUGGAGGAUGGACUCAAACUUUUGGAAGGCGACAUCGAUGUGCUAAUGGAAGAUAGAGAGGAACUUAAACAGAAGGUGGAUUAUCUCCAAAGAAUAUUGUUGGAGCAGGAACUAGAAGCCCCAUUGGGUAUAGGACAGCCUGGCUCUCUCUUGAGAGUUGGGCAGGGAUGGACCGAGGCCAGCGACGAGAAAUAUGAGUUCAGCGACCGACUAGACACGAUAUACUCAUGCGGGUCUUCCGACACAAGCAUGAACAGUCUGCUACAGUGGACAGAGUCCGUCUCCUCUGAAAGCAGUCGUCCGACGAGCUACGAGAAGGAAAGCUAUGUCUCGCCGAAAAUGACCAUUCACUCGGAUCUGGAUGUCGGCCACUUCAUUAGGAGAUCCUCAACGCGCCGGAAAGCACCACCACGCCGAGUUGGACGCAAGCCGAGGCUUACGCCCAUGCUUGCACACCUGGGCAUGAGGCACAGGAAUGGCGCCGCAGACCGGCACCUGAGAGCACUGGCGACUUCAUGGAAGAAGAGUGGUACAGUGCUUGCGAACCGGGUCGAAAACAAGGAGCGAGUGUUUCAACGAGGAUAUGCUCCAUGGUCCGGUAAAUGGAGUCGAGGGGAGCGUCACUAUACCCUUAAAUGGGUACACAAACGUGGUCUUCCCGCAGCUGGGUCAUGA